AUGGCCGCCAAAGGCAUCAUCCCAAUACUGGUGGGAAUGAUGCUAUUGACAGGAUGUGCCAACACCAUCCUCACCAAGUAUCAGGACCAACAAUGUGUUCGAAACUGUGACGACAAGGAUGUCAAGAACCACAAGACAUUCGAGCAGCCCGUCAUCCAGACGGUACAAAUGUUCAUCGGAGAAAUGGGCAGCUGGAUUGUCAUUCUAGGCUUCUACCUCUAUCGCUACUUUGUCCUGCGUUCCAGUGACGCCCCUCUCCUAUAUCAGCCCGUCAACACCGACGAACAAGAGGAGGAUGAUGGUGAUGAUGAGACGCUCCGCCCAUCCUCGCGAGGUGCAGCGAGCCCUGCCUUGAAACCUCUCCUACCUAAUUCCGAAGAUCGAGCACCACUUGGAGGAUGGAAGCUUGUCCUAUUGGGCCUUCCAGCAUGCUGCGACAUCGCCGGGACGACACUGAUGAACGUAGGCCUCUUGUUCGUGGCAGCUUCCAUAUAUCAGAUGACAAGAGGGGCGUUGGUUCUGUUCGUGGGACUGUUCAGCGUCGUAUUCCUGAAAAGAAAGUUGUAUCUCUAUCAUUGGAUAUCACUCAUCAUCGUCGUGCUGGGUGUCGCCCUUGUUGGCCUUUCUGGAGCUAUCUAUUCGGGGGACAAGAAUGCUCCAGGACCCAAACCGGACAGUGUGGAAGCUCUACACGACGCCCUGCUCGCGGCCAGAGAACUCGUUGUUCAGGCCGCAGACCCUGCAGCUGUGCGGACCGUGAUCGGAAUUUGUCUGAUUGCAUUUGCCCAGAUCUUCACUGCAACUCAAUUUUGUUUGGAAGAGUGGAUUCUGGAACAGUACGCCCUGGAGCCACUGAAGGUCGUCGCCUGGGAAGGGCUUUUCGGCUUCCUCGUUACUGUGGUGGCUCAAAUUAUCCUCCACUUCACUGUCGGCAUAUCGAAGAGUGGGAAGCAUGGCUAUUUCGACGCCUCGGAGGGCUACCGACAGGUCUUGACAAACAGAGCAAUCGGUAUCUCCAGUCUAGCCAUUAUGGUCUCCAUUGGCGGCUUCAACUUCUUCGGCCUGUCCGUGACUAGAACGAUUUCGGCCACUUCUCGAUCAAUCAUCGACACUUGUCGGACUUUGUUUAUCUGGAUCGUCUCUCUGGGACUUGGCUGGGAGUCGUUCAAAUGGCUUCAGGUGGUCGGCUUUGCAUUGCUUGUCUAUGGUACAUUCAUGUUCAAUGAUCUUAUCAGGCCACCCAUCAAGGCGCUUCUGCCCGGGCGUCAAGAACUAGAAGGCCGGGGCGAACUCUUGCCAGAAGAGCCGAUCGAGCAUAUAUAA